AUGUCUGCCCCGCCGGCUCAGCCGAGGCCGAUCAAGCCUCCGAAACUCAAGCUGGACAAGAAGUACGGACCCCAGCCGAGCUUGGAGGGAAAGUACCGUACUUCCCAAGAUUUCAAGCAGAUGUACCGCGCGUACCAGUGGACCCAGGGUCACGACGCAAUGGUCGCCAUCGACACGCCGCAGCAAUGCCGCUUGAUCUGCAGCCACGGCGGAGGCUGCCCCUUCAAUGUCCUCGCCCAGUACACAACCUUCACCGAAGCGCCCUUGACCGGCCAGAGCGGCUUCUUCGUCUCGCCCACGGGCUUCCAACCGACCCACAACCACCCUGCGCCCUACAUCCCAAUGAACGUCGCCGCCGAGAACGAGCGCCGCAAGACGCUGAUGCACGGCGAUCCGUCGCUCGAGAACCCGCCCCUCCAGCGCGCCCUCGGCUUCAGCGGCAGCGUCACGUCGGCUGGAAGCACACACGAUGCUGCUGCCGUUCAAGGUGGCUUUGCCGACGGAGCGUCCGUCGCUUCGACGCCCAGUGCCACGCCUCAGCAGCUCCCGUUCCGCCAGUCGCAACCGCCGCAGUCGCAGACUCAGGCGCAACCCAUGCCCAUCUCAAGCGCGGUCUUCCCUCAGCAGCAGCAAGGCGCAGGCCUCGUCAACGGCAUGCAUCACGGCUCGCCCGCUAGCGUCGGCCAGUACGGCUCGCCUGCCCCGCCAUACCAGCAGCACUCGCAGCCGCCUCCAGCGAGCCAGAUCUACGGCACGCCGCAGUCGCAGUAUGUGUCCUUCAGCCAGACGCCGAUGCCGUACGGCAUGCAGCAGUCGCACGCGCCCGCCAUGAACGGCUACUCUUCCGCCUCGCCCGCCCCGCCUUCUCAUGCCUUCACCGGCCACCCGAGCGUCGGACGCAAGCCUCUCGAGGCGUUCCUCCUCUCGAUUUCGCCGCAAUUCGAGCCGUAUCUGAGCUUGUUCGAGAAGAACAACAUCCCGCUCGACACGAACCCGCAGGACUUGCUCGACCUCGAUUCAGGCCGGGACGACGACCGCACGCUGUUCGACGUCUUCAAAGACGUCAAGCAGAUGCCGCUCUUCUACGUCGCUCUUGCUGCGGAUGGUGUGAGGAAGGCCAAGAAGAGGCAGCUCAUGUCGGGUUCGCGGGAGCUUGACCCUCGCAUCGCAGUCGGGCUCGAGAAGGCCAAUGCGGAGCGCUGGGUCAGGGCCAAGAUCGAGGAGGGCCACCGCAGGCUGCAGGAGGAGCAGCAGAUGCAGCAGGUCGCUCGCCUCUGA